GGGGAGGGGGGGGAGGAGGAGGAGGAGCAGCGAGAGAAGGGCGCGCUCGCGCUGUGCUGUCCGCCCUCUGCUCCCCCGCUGACUGACUGACUUGACUGACACACGGUCGUCGCCCGUCAAUUUAAAGAGGGAGCGAGAAAGAGAGAGAGAGAGAGAGAAAACAAACAAACAAACAAACAAAACAAACAUGGUUUUGAAAAGAAAUAAACGUGUUUGUUUUCGCCACGAGAGGCCAAGGUUUUAAAUCUCUACACCUUGAAUUCUCGCUGCCUUAGAGGAAGAGUUCUUCGAUCUUUGACUCUGCUGGGAAGUGUGAGAGUGACUGGACUUCCCAGUAGGGAAGCCACACAAAGUAUCAGUGAAUAAUGGCACAGACUUCAUCUUGUUCAGUCCCAAGCGACAAAUACACUAUCUGGAAUACCAAGAGGAUACAGAAAACAAGAAAAAUGGAUGAACAGAGUGUUGAAAGUAUUGCGGAGGUGUUCCGAUGUUUUAUUUGUAUGGAGAAGCUGCGUGAUGCCCGACUCUGUCCACAUUGCUCAAAACUUUGUUGUUUCAGUUGCAUAAGGCGCUGGUUAACGGAGCAGAGAGCCCAAUGUCCACAUUGCAGGGCACCUCUUCAGUUGCGGGAGCUUGUAAACUGUCGCUGGGCAGAGGAAGUCACCCAACAACUAGAUACACUUCAGAUGUGUAAUCUUACCAAGCACGAGGAAAAUGAUAAGGACAAAUGUGAAAACCACCAUGAAAAACUCAGUGUGUUCUGUUGGACCUGUAAGAAGUGUAUUUGCCAUCAGUGUGCUCUAUGGGGAGGCAUGCAUGGGGGUCACACAUUCAAGCCAUUAGCCGAGAUUUAUGAACAACAUGUUACCGAAGUGAACGACGAGGUUGCAAAACUGCGCCGUCGGCUGAUGGAGUUGAUCAGCUUGGUGCAGGAAGUGGAAAGAAAUGUGGAAGCGGUACGUAGUGCGAAGGACGAGCGUGUGCGAGAGAUUAGGAAUGCAGUGGAAAUGAUGAUUGCCCGACUGGACAAACAACUGAAAAACAAACUUAUAACACUAAUGGGUCAAAAGACAUCACUGACUCAGGAAACCGAGCUGCUGGAGUCAUUGUUACAAGAAGUAGAACAUCAGCUGCGAUCCUGUAGUAAGAGCGAGUUAAUCCUGAAAAGCCAAGAAAUCCUGCUUAUGUUCCAACAAGUGCACCGUAAACCCAUGGCUUCUUUUGUUACAACACCUGUUCCACCAGACUUUACAAGUGAGCUGGUCCCUGCUUACGAUUUCAGUACAUUUGUUCUGGCAAAUUUCAGCACCCUACGCCAGCGUGCAGACCCUGUGUACAGCCCUCCACUACAGGUGUCAGGACUCUGCUGGCGACUCAAAGUUUAUCCGGAUGGAAAUGGAGUUGUGCGAGGAAAUUACCUGUCAGUGUUUCUGGAACUCUCAGCAGGACUCCCUGAAACAUCAAAGUAUGAAUACCGUGUGGAGAUGGUUCAUCAAGCCUCCAAUGACCCUACUAAAAACAUUAUUCGUGAAUUUGCUUCUGAUUUUGAGGUUGGAGAAUGCUGGGGUUAUAAUCGUUUUUUUCGACUGGACCUCCUCGCCAGUGAGGGUUACCUAAAUAUGCAAAAUGAUACUUUAGUGGUUAGGUAUCAGGUGCGCUCGCCUACAUUUUUCCAAAAAUGUCGUGACCAAAACUGGUACAUCAGCCAGCUCGAACUGGCUCAAGCAGGUUACAUUCAGCAAGUUAAGAAUCUCAAAAAGAGGCUGGUCCUCGAGCUUUCACGUAGCAUGGCAUCACGAAGCUCGUCACCACCAGAUAAAAGUAGUGAGGGCUCAGACACCGUAACAAAAAAGCCUGCUUAUAAUGAAGAUCAGCCAGCAGAGGGAGCCUGUUCAGUUUUGGAUGUCAGCUUGGUCAAAGAGGAGGAUGAGGAUGAAGAGGACAAGACUCAACGUGAUGAUUCCACUCAUGAUUUGUCUGAUGGAGAUUUAGACAUUGACUGUCUAACAGGAGAUGAAGAAGUGAAUCACCUUGAUGGCAGCAGCUCCUCUGCUAGUUCAACAGCAACCAGCAAUACAGAGGAAAAUGAUAUAGAUGAGGAAACUAUGUCAGGAGAGAAUGAUGUUGAAUACAAUAAUAACAUGGAUUUAGAGGAGGGAGAAUUGAUGGAUGAUACCGCAGGGGCUUCAGACACUGGGUUCCUUUCGAAUAUGGGAAUGCUGGGGACUAUCUUCCAAACAUCAGGUGGAAUGAGCAAUCACAAUAGGUCUUCGAAGCGAGGAAUGGGCAGCUUGACUUCAGCGGGCAGCUUGGCAUCAGCAGCCAGCAGCAGCCUGUUAGACAUUGACCCAGUCAUUCUUAUACAGCUGUUGGAACUGAAGGACCGGAAUAGCAUGGAAAGCCUAUGGGGACUCCAGCCGCGACCACCAGCUUCUAUCCUGCACACUGCAGUUCAGUCUCGUAAAGAUCGUGACCAACGAAGACAACAAGCUGUGCGUCGAUCCCCUCCUGAUUCAGGGGUUCUAAAGAGGCUGAAGGCUCAAAUGGCUGAAGUUAGAAGCAAAAUGUCUGAAGUCAAAAGUCAGAUGUGUGCUGAAUUGGGAGUGAACUGCCCCACUUGUCCAGGGGAACAAGGACCUUCUGGAGCUUGUGGAACUGAUGGAGUUCAAAGACAUGAGUCAGCACUGGACCUUCUGUCAAAGGGAGCAAGUUCAGGCAAUUGCUUAAGAUUUGUAUCUACGAAAAAAAGCAUCUCUCCAAAAGCUGGUCGUUCUAGUGCAGGGAGUAGCUUACCUCUCCGCAGAGGACUGGAUUGUGGAGAUAAGGACCUCCAUGGACAGAGUGAUGCUCAAAACAGUACAGAAGUUUUCUCUAUAGGAGCACCAAAGCCCACCAGUAGACAAGGAUCACCACAAUCUACAAGCAAAUCAAACGGUUCGGAGCCCCUGCCAGUCUCUAAGGCUGAGGACAGAACAUUUCCAAUUACUGGCCAAGAAAUGUUCAGUAGUUCAGCAUUGAAUGGAUUGACAUCACUGGAGAUGACACGGAAAAUUAUCACAUUAGGGUCUCAAUGCUGUCACACUGAUAGCCAGCAGCGGUCUAACACUGAGGAUAUUACAACAGCUGCAGGAACACGAGCUCCGUCCCUUGAUACAUCGGGCAGGUCAGAGGAAGUUGUGACACUACAGAAGCAGGUUCUUCAGUUGCUGCCUGGGAUGAGCACUGACAGUGAAUCUGACACAGAGAACGAAGAUCAGGAAGAAAUCACACCUACAGAGCUUGUGACCCACUCCUUCACUUCCCAGACUUCAGGUGAUUUGGUGAGUUCUGAAGAUGCCAGUUUUGUUAGAGGAGAAACAAAUGAGUGAACAAAAGGACCCAAGUCCUGGGAUGAUGCCAUUUUUACACAACCUAGACAAACAAGGGAACCACAUUUAAGCUAACAUGGUCAAGAAUGGGGGAAAACUAAAGGAAUCUUCCCAACUUUCAUAAAUAGGAUAAAAGAGAUAUUUUUUUGUGUGAAACUGAUGCUUGUUUAUUAAUCACAUACUACAACUACACACCAUUGUACACUGGUACAGUGUUCCCAGUAAAGGCUGCACUGGAUUUUUUUUUCCCCCAUUCAUCAAUGCGUUGUUAGCUCUUAAAUCAUGGCUGUGGAUAGAGCAAUGUUCAUAUCAGCUGAAUACUCCCUUGAAAGCUAAUUGAGGCUAUAGUUGCACAUACCCUGUACAAAACCAUGCCCUGUAAUCUGUCUCAGCCUAGCAGCAGACCAAUCCAGUGCCAAAAGGGAAAAAAAACAUGAUCAAAUAGUAAUAAUGCCUAUAUGUUGCUGAUGGUGAGGUGAUGCUCUUUUACCUAAUACAAUGCAAGCACCAAGCUUGCUGAAAUCAUUACUGGAUCCAAGAUUUGACGUUUUGGUUGAUGUACCUAGCCUAUCACACAAUUGGGAUCAAUGACUAUUUGUAAUUCAACAUUCCCCUUCAGAGAAGAUGUAUGAACAGCAGCAGGUUGAUUUGUUGAGGAACACUCUUAUUUGAAGCACCCGGUGUCAGUGUCAAAAACUUUCAGGUCAGGUGCCUUAACCCCAACCUUAAGAUCACACCGAUUGUAAAAGUCCUGUAUUGUAUUACCCACCCAAGACCACCUAAGUCCUCUUGGUGCUGCUGUCAUUUUAGUGCCACCGUAUUGGCAGUUUUGAGGUGCUUGUUUGUGCCACCUUAAGACUACCUGACCCCUUACAGACACAAGACAAGAUGUCACCCCAUUUGUCUAAGGUGUGCCAACCCACUGAGUCAACUUCCCCAUCUUUGUUUUCCAUCCCUCUUUCUGAUUUCCACAUUUUCUGAAUUUUUAGCAGUAUUUAUUAGAAAUUUUGGUUUCUUGACGUAUUUAUGUGAUAAAGGAGAAAUGUUAAAAUAUGUUGUAGUGUGUAGAAUGAGAAGUUUAACUAUGCUGAUAAUAACUUUCUUCAAAAAUUCCAGUUCAAAUCUUGUGCUCUACUAUAAUGGAAAGCUGCAGUAUAGCAGCCUUUUCAAAAUGUCUCCCAUAAAUUAAACUGCCUGCAGAAUGUCUGUUUUCCAAAUAAACACUUCAAUAAAAUGUUGGCUAUAAACAGCAUAUAAGUGAAUGAGUUUGCAACAUUCAUUCACAAGUAUACUAACCAGUGUAUGGUUGCAGAAUGGAAAAGUGUCCAAAUGUUAUGUUAGACUUAAAACUAUAAGUGUGCUUGUACGCCAUCGGAUGUGAUGUAGUCAUUUAGUGCAGUGAACUACCAGUAAUCUUACUUCAUGGUUUUGCUUUUGGCUGAGACGAUCAUUAAUAGCAAUACAACAUAAUUUAUGAGUAAUCAACAAUAUCAUAACUCGAAUGAAGGUGCUUGAUCUCUUCAGUACAGUGUUACCUUGUUGUUUAGAUUUAAGAACCUGGGUAGAAUCAAUUUGUGCAGCGAGGAUUUAUAGUAUAAAGAUCUUCAUCCCAUCUCAUACAAAAGAGUGAUCCAACUUCCACAAGUCCCAUACAUUUGGCAAUUCAUUCUCUCCUCUGACUGCUGGGAGGUAUGCAAAAGCUGAUCACGAUUACUCCAACCCUUGCAGGGUAGGAUCUACGUCUGCUUGAUGGCACUAUCCUACCACUCUGCAACAACAAUGCAUUGUUGCUUCAGUACUGUGUGCUACUUCUGAAGCAUAUCGUUAAAUGUGCUAUAAAACCUUUGCUGCUGAUUUAAUGCCCGUAAAAUAUUCAGGCUAAUGGAUAAAGCUCCAAUUGGUCAAACGGGAUAAUAUAGUAACGAUGUGUUACUAUUUGGGGAUAACCUCAUGCUGUUUAAAUAUCCCAAAUAAAACUACAUACACAUACAUAAGGUAAAGGGUCGCAUAUUUCCACAUUCCUAGUUUCAGAUGUAAUGGAUGCAAAGUGAAGUGGUAGUAAAAUGUAGCUUUGAACAAAUAAUGCCUGGUAUUGAGGGUCAUAUGGAUUAUCCUAAAGUUUGCAACAGCAUAUGUCUGUCUUGUCUGUCCCUUUAGCCGAAUGAUCAAUAUUUUAACAAAGUUACCCCCAACUAGUGAAGUCUGUAAAUUGAUGUAGCUGUAUUUUACCCAGUGGUCCAUACUGCCAUUCUAUUAAACCGAACCUUCAUACUGCAGCUGUUUGAUAUCCAAACGCAGCAGUCAUUUUCCCUAUUGGCCUUGGGUUGCUAUUGUUAAGAAUGUAGAUUUGAAGAGAAUGCAUGAUUGUGAGCAUAUUCUUUAGAGAAAGUAGUAUUUCUCAGUAAAACGCUUACAUUAUCUGUACGUUUAUACCCUGAUGUGACACUGUUUUCUAUAAAGUGCUGGUCAUUGAGUCUCUGAAUUCCAGGGAAAACUUUGCAAACUGAAAACUGCACAUUAUAGAAUGUUUGGAAGUGUUGCCGCUGCUAAUAUUCCCAUCUAUCAUUUAUUUUGUACCUGUCUGUGACUAUUAGUCAUGCUGGAAUCUUUUCUAGGCCAGAGGUAGAGAGUUAAGCUUCCAACAACAUUCUUCCACAUUAAUUUAUUUCGAAUCUGAAUAUUUGUUGUCUUUGCUUAGAUGUUUUGUAUGACCGAUUUAAUCUAGAUCUCUCAGCUCUCAUAUUGUUCCUACAACAGAACUGAAGAGGCGGUCAAUUUUAUAAUGUUGAAUAUUAGAUGUACCUCAGUAGUGCAAACCACUGUUUUUCCUCAGGGAAUUCCCUAGAGGCUUAUAGACUUCCUUAACACUGCUCACUUGCAGAUCUUGUGCCUUUCUGUUGAAGAAAAAAUCUUGCAUAAAUUCUUGGGUUUUGCAUAUGUGAAUUUGAUGUGCUCCCAACUUUUUUUUUAAUAUAUGGAUGAAACAAGGUUUGACUGCCUGACCAGGUGGACUAAAGAUCCCACAACACAAUUUGAAAGGAGAUUCUCCCAGUGCCCUGACCAACAAACCUCCAGAUAAAUUUGUCAUCCACUUCAUGACUUAUUGUGGCACCCGCUGUGCACACAUUGACUGCAGCAUUUGCCUACAACUACAGUCCUACACUUUACAGCAAUUACUUGUGAUGUGCUUUGAGAUGUUUAGAUGUUAUUAGCAUGAUCCAGUGCAAGGAUUAUCAUAUAGCUGUACUUAUGAAUUGUCAAUGGAUGUUUUGGAGUAGCUGGGACGCCUUGCUGUCUGUUUAUUUUAAAAAGCUCUGCAUAUAAUAGGCUGUUUUAUAAUAAAGUUAAUAAUACCCAACAUUAACAAUAUGGAAAGGGUGCAGAACAGAAAAUAUACUGUGCAGUAGUCCCAGUAAGUGGUGAGAGUGCGUGGUUACACAUAUUGCAUUGAGCCGUUUACUUUCUGUACUAAAAUCAUCCCAUUGUGUAUUUUGCAGCUAUGUGAUGUAUUUGAACUUGUGUAAUACUGUAUUUCAUUCUACGAAGAGUUCCCUUUGCAAACUUGAGUUUUCGAGCUCUUGUUUCUGUGGAUUUCUGGAAUGCUGUACAGUGACUGAACCCACCCAAUUGUGAAUCACAGUUCCAGCAAAAACUCACAGGAGGCACAAUCAAUCAGUUGUACCCAAUGCUGAAAAUCUAACACGUACUGUAGUGGAAGCCUGAAUAUUAAUGUAACACAUUUGACAGUUUUGCCUGCUUGAAAUGUAGUCCAUCUUGAACCCUAUUUCUGUGAUGCAUGUAAAUGUCUUGGCUUAAGUGUCCCUAUUUUGCACUGUGAAGUACUGUUUAGAAACCAUGUGUUGCAGUUUUUGUAAUGUUUUCAAUGUUUGCUUUUUAAUAUCUCUGCGGUGUUUACAUGAUCACAUUUCUUGCACUUUUUGUUAAUAAAAUGGAUUCAAUUUA